AUGGCAGAUGAGAGGUGCGGAAUAGGGCCAAAUGUGCCCAUCAAGGGAAGCUUAGAAAAUCAAUGUUCAUUGAGUAGCAGCAGCAACACCAACAAUGAUAACAACAACAACAACAGCAGCAGCAGCUUGUCGAUCGCGACCGUGAUCGCGACUUACAACCACCAUAACAAUAAUAAUAGCAACAACAAUAAUGGCAGCAGCAGCAGCUGUGGCAACAACAGCAACAAUAACAAGGAACAGGAUCGGUUUCUCCCGAUCGCAAACGUUGGAAGAAUUAUGAAAAAGGUGAUUCCAGGAAAUGGGAAAAUUUCAAAGGAUGCAAAGGAAACGGUUCAAGAAUGUGUAUCAGAAUUCAUUAGCUUUGUCACUGGAGAAGCCUCAGAUAAAUGCCAACGCGAAAAGAGGAAGACCAUCAAUGGAGAUGAUAUCAUUUGGGCCAUCACAACUCUUGGGUUUGAAGAUUAUGUAACCCCCUUAAAGCAAUACCUUAGCAAAUAUAGAGAGUUAGAAGGAGAAAAGCUUAAUGUUCCAAAACAGCAGCAGCAGCAGCAACAACAACAGCAACACCACCAACGCCUACAAAACCAUGACCAAAAUCCAAUUAUGUCACCUUACCAUAGUGUAUAUUCUUCAACAAAUCUUCUCUCGCAGCCACCAUUUGUUCCAAGUGAUCAACCGUUUGCUUUGCCGUUUUCUCAAAGUUCAAUUCAGACUCAAUUACCACAGCAAGAACAUAUUGACUCCGUGGGACAUUGGUAAAAAAAAAAUUUUUUUGGUUUUUUUUUGUGUUUUUACUUAUUUUAAUUGUAAUUAAGAUAAUAUUGAA